CUACAACGCCACUGUCCACAGCGAGAGGCGAAGCGAACGGCGACGUGGACGGACAGGUGGUGGAUCUGGCGCUCGGGAGCAGUACGAAUGGAGGUCUUCUCGCAUCGCAGCAACUGGACCACCUCCCUGCGGAUGCCAACAACCAGACGCCGACCACACGGAACCGGUCCAUGUCCAUUGAGCAACAAAGUCCCCGCGUGUACAAGGUCGGAAAAGCGUGGUACGCUAACGUAGCGCCGAGCCCCCGGCUGGGUCUCAAGUCCAAGCUCGCGAAUGCAGACAUGUCUCAGUUUUUCAAUCCCCACAGUAACAUCUCCCCCGUGGCGUCGAACGUAGUAUCGCCGAACCUAUCGGCCACGGCAACAAGUGGGAUGAUGGUGCAGGUUGUACAGCCCGCGGUGUCUUUCUCCGCAGCGACUACUACGCAGAGUUGUAAAAAUUCGAGUCGGACCAACACAAACGACACCUCCGACUCAACGGCGGCAGGAGGGGCAGCGGGGAGCAGCAGCAAACCGUUCAAAGUUUCGCCAACCAGGUGGCCGGCACCGCCGGGUGCCAUGCCUCCUCUCGAGGGCAGUGCUGGUAGCGAGCAUUGGGGCUCCUGCAACGUUGCUGCGGGGAUUGCUCCUGGUGGUCGGAGAUCACCCAUAGAACACACAUCGUCGCUGGAGUUCUCUUUGGUGCCUGUAGUUGAUGAUCAGCAUCAACACGCAGCUGCGCUGUCCCCGCAGCAAAUGAAGAGGAGCCCCCCUGCGUCGACAGGCGCGGAGCAGGUUGAUCGUGUGAGUCUGACCAACAACG